GUCCAGUAACGACGUCAGAUUUGGGAAGGUUGACGCUGAAGGUCGUGGCGUUCAAGGCUCUCGAGACUUCCCGGGUUUCUCAGCUCUUUGAACCGCUCACACGCCAUUUCUUUGCGGGAAAUCGCAGGCACCGCCGCAUCCAGAUUUCUUUUGACUACGAUCCACCACUAGUUAGUCGAAUUGGAUCUACUGAGUACAAUCUCACGGGCGGUCUUUGAAGAUCUGCCUUCCUGUGCAGCAGAUAAUUGCGUCCUGUUUCACGUCCACGUCGUGUUUCAUUCGUCAGUGGAAUAUGUGAGAUCAUGCCUAUGAGCACAGCGGAAAUAGUUUCCAGUCCUAGCCUAACGUUGUAGUUGUAAUGCGGAAGGUGAUUACACCAUGUCAUUACAAUCCUACUACUUGUUUUCUCUCAUUAUUGCUCUUCUAGGCCAUCAGAAACUCCUAGAAUUCACUUGCACUUUACUCAGAUACUUGCUCGCUGCUAGCAGCACCCUUCCAACCAAGGAUUAGAAUACAGGGAUUGGCAAUGAAAAAUAAGUAUCGAUCCUUCUGAACAAUUAGCACGAAUUAUUUGAAGAACUCCGUCUAAAUGAAAUUGUUUCCUUCCACUUCCCUUCAGGUCUUGUAGAUAUAUUUUUUUUCAGUUUCUCCUGAUGUCGUUUCAAUGCAGUAUCAAACGUUUAAGUUUUGGCUGCCAGUAUGAGCUCCAGUAUCAUCAGCAAAACGAGUAGAUAGAACCGCCGAUGUUUCUCAUUUAGAUCUUUGAAGCACUACCAAUGUCGAAAUGGUGUAGUGGAUUACCACCUCAGACAGGCCACAAGGAGGAGGAGAAAGGUGGAAGAUCACACAGUUCGCUUGGCCGAAGGAAGGACAGAAUAUUUUUCGAUGAGGCCAUAUCUUCGACUCUUAAUUUGUCUGGGCUGAGUCCUGAAGAAAAAUUCCAUCCGGUGAUCAAGAUCGGGCCAGGACUAGCUCCUUACACGUCUGAAGUUUCUUCCACACCCCAUGAUACUCCUUCAACACCCCAUGAUACUCCUACUCCAUCUCCUCAACAGUCUUCUAAAGGGCCUCCCUCCACAACUAAUGAUACACCUUCCACUCCAUCUCCUCCACUUUCCUAUGAGGCGCCUCCACUAACACCUCCAGGUACACCUUCCUCUCAAUCUCCAACACAGCGGUCCAAAGGGCCUACAUCAACACCUCCUGGUACACCUUCCUCUCAAUCUAAAGCGCCUAUAUCAACACCACCUGAUAUACCUUUCACUUCAAUUCCACUAUCGCCACCUCCUGCCAUUCCCAGGACUCCCAGGGAGAUGAGCAACACAGAAAAGGAAAAGAAGAAAAAGAAGAAGAAGAAAGAGAAGAGAAAGAAGAAGAAAAAGCCGCAACCUCCUCCACCAAAGCCGCGGUCGCCGUGUGUAAGUGAAUGCGAAGAAGAGGUCGAAACGAAGCUGGGCGGAGGUGUGACAAUGCCAUCAAUUUUCGCAAUGUGCCAUAUUCCAGCAAGUCGUCAGGGUAUAUCGGAACCUGACACUUAUCAAGUCUCGGAAGACCGUUCUGGUGUUGGAUCAUCUUCUUGGAGGGACGAAGACGACGUGCCAAACUUCCCCCCUGCCGUACCUAGCAGCUAUAUGCGUCUCAAAGGUAUUGUAAGAUCCUUCGGGAACAAAAUUGAUGCCAGAAAUUUAGUCGAGGUUGGUCCUCACGGUUGGCAUGCAUCGAGUAUCGCACCUUACGAUCUCGGCGACACUGGUGACACGGUAACCGUGGACAGAGCUGGAUGGCAUGAAAAAGAGAAGUGAUUGAAGUCCUAACCGGAAUGGAUCUUGAUAGAAACAAAAUCGAAGACAAAAUCCAGACAGUGAGUCGCUGCAAUGCGCGCAGACUAGAAAAAACGAUUGCAACAACCAAAGGUUGACCGGGGGUGCUUUCAUGCCAACAAAUACUAUUUUCAAGUUGCAAGUGGUGCAAAUGUCGAAGAACGAAAACUGAUCUCAGUAUCAGUUCGUCAGCCAUUUGCGGGUGGCCUCACGAGGUACCUUUACUGAUGAGAACGGGCGACAGAGGAAAGGGCACUAUGCAACGUAAAACUGAGGACUCAAGUUGCUUGCACUGUAAUUCCACGAGGUCCACUGUCCUAUAGUUUCUUCUUCAAUUCUUUUAAGGUAGAUGAUCCUCUUGUAACAUGUCACUCACCUUUCUCAAAGCACUAUUGUCACAGAAAUAGCUGCAUGAUUGAUUCGGUGGACUAAGCUUCUCAACAUGGUACCCCAGGAGUGUGAUCAAAGAUGGCCUGCUCAACUUCCACUCCGUUGCUCUUUCAGGCGAUCAAUCUAAUGGAACCUGAAGAAAAUUCUAAUUUUUUAUUCGUAGUAAUGUCGACGAAUAAUUCAUUACAACAAUAUUAGUCCACAAAUUUUGUAUGUUGUGAAUCUAGAAAUAGAUUUUAUUUUAUUUUUUUCAAAUUUUCAAGUUCUGGAUGACUGUUCUUCAUUUUAUACUGCGUUUUCUCUUCAUCUUAUAAAUUUAUUUAAAAUUUUGUUUCACUACUAUCAUUACAAUGUAUUCUGUUUGGGUAUUUUUGGUGUUUACAUGCAAAAUACUCACAAAGUUCAAUUUACCAUGUGGUUUUUAGUAUUUUACAGUGAACUUAAGCUUAAAAUCUAGUGAAUGUUGUUGUUUUUCUUUUUUCUUUUUCUUUUUUUUAAAUCUAAUGUAGGAGAAUUUCGUAUUUAAAAACAAAAAGUCAUUUGUAGGUUAAAUGAACUCUAUUUUCGCUACAAAAAAUUGUUUAUACAACCAAACGUAUUGUUGAUAUCAAAAAUUAAAAUUUUUAAA